AUGUCCAACAACAACAACAACUUGUCGGAAUCAUCAUCUUCAAAGCAAGACACAACGAAGAAGCAGCAAAACGAAUUAGUAUCGAACCGAGUGGAUGAGACACGCGUCGAGUUGCAACUCACUUCACAAACUCCGAAGAGAAAGAGAAAUACCAAACGAAUAGAACAAGCAAAGAAUGUACGAAAAAAGCUUCAACAAGGAGAUGAAGGUGUUGUUGUUGUUGAUUCUGAAAAACUCAAAUCUUCAUUGAGCUCAAAAGAAGAUUCCUUCCCUCCUUCCAUUCCGAAUGAUAGUUCAAUGAUGGUUCCAUCAACAUGCUCUUCAGAAACUAGCACUAUCAUCACUGCAAUGAACAAUAAUCAAGAACAAAAUUCAUCAAGCAGAAUAGAAAAUACAUCUUCUUCAUCAUCGUCCUCAAAGAUUGAUUCCUUGUUAAAAGAAGACUUGUCAACCACUGAAAGAUUACUGACAAUAGAUGUCAUGCACAAAAUUGUGAGAAGAAAAAUUGAAAUUUUGAACAAGCAGCAACAACAGGAAUGUGAAAAUAACAACAACACGACUAGUACAGAUCAAGAUUCUACCACGUUCGUUUUAGGCAUGACUAAAAAUCAAAUUCGACAACGACUUGCCAUUGCAAAACAAAAAGGGUUGGCCCUAUUGCCUGAAGCUCUCAUCGAAAAACUUUGUGACAUUUUCCAGAUUGCUAUUUGUUAUUUAUGGACAGUUGAGGAGAAGCAACAAUUUUUAGUGGAUACAUUUGGAAAUAACUAUUCCACUGCUUUACUAGAUAUUUUGAAACGGUUUUAUAUUCCAUUAGAGAAUGAUCCAAUAUUGACAAAACAGUCCACUUUUGUUUUUCUAGAACCUGAAGAAAUUGAUAAUGCUGAGGAGAGAGAUCGUUUACGGGAAGAACAGCAGCAAGUAAUCUCAGCCAUGAUGGCAUCUAGAAAUACGUCAAAGGACCAAUCAAAGGAAGAAUAUGAUACUUCUCUUCUUGAACUCUUGAAUAAGCAUCAGGAAAAGUAUAAGAGCAGACAGAACCGAUUUUUAACAGGAUUGGCAAAUCCAAAAGAAUUUCUGAAAGAUGCUGAUUUGUUUAGACAGCAACGAAUGAAACGAGAGGAGGCUCAGAGAAAGCAACAACAACAGUUAUUGGAGAGAAAGAAGAUAGCCCAUACAAGUACCAUUAAGGUUGAUCAGCUUCCUGAUAACAGAUUUACAUCAGGCAUUAAGGUCAAAAGUAAAAAGAAGAAAAAGUAA